AUGAACGAUCCUCUCUUCAAGGCUUUCAAAACUGGAGUCAUAGCUCUCGCUGAAGGAAUAGCAGUAGGGACAGGGAGAAGCUUUUCCAUGUUCAAGAAUUACCACAUUGAUGGGAACAAAGAAAUGAUUGCCAUUGGGAUGAUGAACAUUGCUGGUUCUUGCACUUCUUGCCACCUCACCACAGGAUGCAAGAUGGCAAUGUCAAACGUUGUCAUGGCAAUUGCGGUUAUGUUCACAUUGUUGUUCCUCACUCCUCUGUUCCAUUACACUCCCCUGGUUGUUCUGUCUGCUAUUAUAAUAGCUGCCAUGCUUGGCCUCAUAGACUAUGAAGCCGCAAUUCUCCUCUCGAAGGUUGGCACGUUUGACUUUGUUGUCUGCAUGAGUGCCUGUAUCGGUGUCGUUUUUGGCAGCGUUGAAAUCGGCCUAGUCUUAGUGGUUGCAAUAUCUACUUUCGUUUGUGGCAGUUUUGUUCAAGGAAACCUUCCGAAUUCCAUAUAUGUUUACAGAAAUGUUGAGCAGUAUCCCAAUGCAAGCAAUGUUCCUGGAAUUCUCAUACUUGAGAUUGAUGCUCCCAUUUACUUUGCAAAUACCAACUACUUAAGAGAAAGGAUUACAAGGUGGAUAAAUGAUGAGGAAGAUGGGACCAAAUCUGCAGGGGAAAGUAGCUUGCAAUAUGUGAUAUUGGAUAUGACUGCUGUUGGUAACAUAGACACAAGUGGGAUAAGCAUGUUUGAAGUGGUCAAAAAGCUUGUUGACAGAAGGGGGCUCCAGCUUGUACUGGCGAAACCCGGGAAGCGAGGUGAUGAAGAAGAUGAACAAGUCAGAGUUGAUUGA